CGAGCCUUUUCGGCCCAUCGUCAUCGCCUGUCCCAGUUCCCCUGUUCACUUUUGCUCCUCCCCUCCCUCUCGCCUUCCUUCCGCCACACCCGCCAAAACCCUACCUCCGGAGGCGAGAUGAAGGGCGGCGACAUCGAGGCGGGGACCUCCGGUCGCACUGCCGCGGCGCCGGCGGGGGCGCUGUACCCCGGGAUGGCGGAGAGCCCGGAGCUGCGCUGGGCGCUCAUCCGGAAGAUCUACGUCAUCAUCUCCCUGCAGCUGCUCCUCACCGCCGUCGUCGCGGCCGUCGUCGUCAAGGUCCACGCGAUCCCCCACUUCUUCGCCUCCUCCUACGCCGGCCUCGGGCUCUACAUCUUCCUCCUCAUCCUCCCCUUCAUCGUGCUGUGCCCGUUGUACAUCUACCGCCAGAAGCACCCAGUCAACCUGCUGCUGCUCGGCGUCUUCACAGUGGCCAUCAGCUUCGCUGUCGGCAUGACAUGUGCCUUCACUAGCGGCAAGGUCAUUUUGGAGGCAGCAAUUCUUACAACGGUGGUUGUCUUCAGCCUGACUGCUUACACUUUCUGGGCUGUAAAGAGGGGCAAGGACUUCAGCUUCCUUGGUCCUUUCUUAUUUGCUUCUCUCAUCAUGUUGCUCGUCUUUGGGUUCAUUCAGAUCCUCUUCCCGCUGGGCAAGCUUUCUCACAUGAUCUAUGGCGCGCUCGCGGCACUCAUCUUCAGUGGCUACAUUGUCUAUGACACGGACAACAUCAUCAAGCGUUACACCUAUGACGAGUAUGUCUGGGCCGCCGUCUCGCUCUACCUUGACAUCAUCAAUCUGUUCAUGGCCCUGCUCACCCUGUUUAGUGCGGGUGACAGCUAAGUGCAUCGCCUUUUCACCUGCUCACGAGUCCUUGACUUGAAGAACUGUAUAGGCGCUUAUUAGUUUAGUUGAGUUGAUCCCUAGAGAGGAAACAUAUAAGAAAACUGACGUGCGUCGGUUCUAUGGAUGGUAGUGUAGAUGUGAUGUUGGAUUUAGGGGGUCUUUGAUAUGCUGGAUUGGUGGUGUGCUGCUGCGUUUCUGAUAUCUUUUGUAUGGCCACGCGACUUCUGCACGAGGACAAUAUUGCUUCCCAGCACCUA